UUCGCGUGCGUCCGACGCCGUCUGUUGCGUUAUUAUAUCCACUAGUUCUACGCUCUUAAGUUCUAGAUUUGAAGCUUUCGUGACUGCAAGGAUUCAUAUUGUUAGGUUUUUUUCGGUAAAGUCACCGUGUAGGUAAAACAUUAAAAUUAAUGAAAGUAAAAUUAAAAUCACGACGUUUCGGAGGCAACACCAGCUUCCGCCUUCAGGCGGAACCGUCACAGCCACGAUAGCUGUAUCUAGUGAAUAAAAGAUUACAAGAGCUACCACUCCGUUUAUAUAUAAUAGUUGAAGAAGAGGGGAAGGGCCAAGUACGGCACACUUUUUUAUUAAUAUGCAGGGAGUGCGUUUCUCAUCAUGACGACCAAGGGGAGGACUGCAGCCAAGAGGACGACCCGCGUGGAGAUGGAGCGAUUAGAUCGGUGCACGUGUCAGGAGUGAGAUGGGUGGUAGCAGCACUGGACCAGUGGUGCAGGUGGUGCUACGAUGUCGGGUGACGCGGCAGGGCCAGGCUUCUCCGGAGAAGACGGCGUCGGCGUGUGGACGUCCGUCGGCGAACUCGUCCUGAAGACGGAAAGCGACUCCCAAGCCUGGCUGGCGCGGGGCGGCGGGCACGUCUGCGAGGCGUGCGGGCGAGCGUUCCGAGGCGCCGAGGAGCUGGGGGUGCACGCCGCGUCGCACGCCCGCGACAAACUCUACCCGUGCCGCGAGUGCGAGCGGAGGUUCGCGACGCGCGACGGCCUCCUGACGCAUCAGACGACGCACACGUGCGAGAGGCCGUUCGCCUGCGAGGUGUGCGGCCGCCGCUUCCUGCGCUCCUCCAACCUGUCGCACCACCGCAAGGUGCACUCUGGCGAGCGGCGCUACCCGUGCGCCGAGUGCGGGAAGGCGUUCACGCAGUCGAGCAACCUGGCGGCGCACCGGCUGUCGCACUCGGGCGAGCGUCCGUACGUGUGCGUCGAGUGCGGAAAGGAGUUCUCGCAGCAGACCAACCUGCUGAACCAUCGGCGCACGCACAGCGGCGAGCGGCCCUUCGGCUGCGGCGACUGCGGCAAGCGCUUCGCGCAGUCGGGCAACCUGGCGGCGCACCGGCGCACGCACGCCGAGGACAAGCCGCACGUGUGCGUCGCAUGCGGGAAACGGUUCAAGCAGCGCAAGCACCUGCUGCAGCACGCGCGCACGCACGCCAGCAGACGUCCCACGGACGUCGUCGCGACGCCAGCGGCUGUGGCGGCCGUGGCGACGUGGCCGGGAGGAUCAGUCGCGGGAGGCUCGGCUCGGCUCCAGCUGGGAGGAGGAGCACGGCCGGGCUUCCCCACGGAGUCGGGACCCGCUCCUCGGCACGGUCCGGUCGGAGUCUGGGCCGAGGGCGGUACCGACGGCGUCGGGGCAGAGGCGUUCCCCACAGGAGCGUGGGCAGAAAGGCUCGGGGCAGGCGAGGAGGAACAGGAGUUGGAGGAGGAAGAGAACGAUGAUGAUGAUGAAGAGGAGGUGGAGGAAGAGGUAGCGAUGGCGAUGAUUGCGGCUGGCUUUCAGGCGCAAGGCAACGCUCCCCCGGCUUACAGGAUGUUCACGGAGCGGCUGGAGCCCGCGUCGCUCGCCACCAACGGGAGCAGCACGAGGAGGAAGGGGAGGCAGCCGCAGGUGCGACUCCCGUACCUGCCCUUCGACCCCAACUGAUGAUGUUGCGUUUGAAGAUGGAAAGGGCCAGACGGCAACGCGACCCUGGUGGACGCGUCGCCCCGCCCGCGAGUUUCAAAGGAAAGCUGUCUCGGGUGUGGACCAAUCAACUUCAAGGACAGUGCAUACAUUAUCAGAGUUAUGUCUUUUGUUUGCGUUAUGACUGCAGGUAUUGUGGUCUAUGUAAACAUGACUCCUUGUAAAAAAAAGGUGUCAGUUUUGUUGCCAGAUAGAAGGGUAAAAAAACAAUUAUAUUUUUACUGGCAAAUGAGGUUCCAAUGGGGGUUUCAAUGCGUCGUUCACAGGCGCGCACGCGUGGCCGCUUGUGUCAAUCGAUCGCUACCCGAGGACGUCCCACCCCCCCCCCCCACCACAGCUACACCGCACCACAUCAAUCCGUUCAGGCUGGCGAAAGCAUCGGCGCGGAAGCACAGAAGCGCCGUGCGUGACAACGAUGUAACCUGCUGCCCACUGCCCGCCGCUGACGGGAGGAUUCAGACGCUGUCUUCUCGACAGACCUGUUCUCCACCUGAGGACGGCUGCUUGCGUUGUGGCCGAAACGUCGUGAGAAUUAUUUUAUUUUUAUUAUUUUUUAUUAUUUCCAUUCUACGUGACUUUACCGAAAGAACCAAGAAGAUGAAGGGGGGAUAUUGCCGUCGAGUCUCGUUCCAGCGGCGUCGUGAAACCGUUCCAGCACCCGAGCGACGUCGCAGGUUGCUUCGCUGCGACGACGCUCACAUUUUGACGUCACGAUAUAGCACCGACAAUCCGUGACGGCAACGUAGCGAUCUUCGCGGAAUGGACGAGUCCAUCGCGAGGUCGUGAAACUCGGAAGGCGUGGGAACGCAGCCUCCGCGUUUCCUCGAAUCGGAUUCUUUUAUUUAUCCUGGAGGAAUCCGAUGGGCUAAGAAGCUCGUUUUCACCGAUGUUCCAGUCGGGGGCGGGUCAGAGUUUUCGCAACAAUAAACAAUAUACAAAAACGAGUGCAAGGUAUAGGAAAGAAAAGCAAAUCACGAGAAAUAAAUACGUACAAUAACAGGUGCGGCGCCUUCAGCUGACUCCUGAUAAACUAUAAACUAAGCUCUUAUUUAUUUUACCAGGUAAGGCCCACUGAGCUGUUAAAUUCUUAUUUUAGAAGCGGCCUGGCCACAAAUGAUAGCACAACGAAGUGGCAUAUGUGAAAACUUAAAGCAGCAGGCAAAUGAUUCUUAAUGUGGAGGGGAAAAACCGGACAACCCAGAGAAGAAAUCUACACGUCCACGGGGAGGGAGAGACACGCAAACUCCAAAUAUACAGCAGAAGUCGUCAGGACUGGGAUCGAACCCACAACUUCCUGUACACCAGGCGAGGUAGUUAACAUCUCACCACUAUGAUGGUGAUGAUGAGGGAGAGACACGCAAACUCCAAAUAUACAGCAGGCGUCAGGGUCGGGAUCGAACCCACAACUUCCUGUACACCAGGCGAGGUAGUUAACAUCUCACCACCAUGAUGGUGAUGAUGAGGGAGAGACACGCAAACUCCAAAUAUACAGCAGAAGUCGUCAGGACCGGGAUCGAACCCACAACUUCCUGUACACCAGGCGAGGUAGUUAACAUCUCACCACCAUGAUGGUGAUGAUGAGGGAGAGACACGCAAACUCCAAAUAUACAGCAGAAGUCGUCAGGACCGGGAUCGAACCCACAACUUCCUGUACACCAGGCGAGGUAGUUAACAUCUCACCACCAUGAUGGUGAUGAUGAGGGAGAGACACGCAAACUCCAAAUAUACAGCAGAAGUCGUCAGGAUCGGGAUCGAACCCACAACUUCCUGUACACCAGGCGAGGUAGUUAACAUCUCACCACCAUGAUGGUGAUGAUGAGGGAGAGACACGCAAACUCCAAAUAUACAGCAGGCGUCAGGGUCGGGAUCGAACCCACGACCUCCUCUACACCAGGCGAGGUAGUUAACAUCUAGCCACUGCGACGAUUGAGGGGAGUGGUCACGAAGAAUCGCCGCUUGGCCAGGGCCAGUCCCGGUCGUGGGGACGAUCGACGAAUCUUGGGAUGCGCUCCGAAGAGCCACUGCGCUUCUACGUGGUCAGGGGCUUGAGGAGCGCGAAGAGUCGUAUCGCGAUGUGUCUGCUGUGCAUAUGACGGCGCACUCGAUUGUCACGUGCAAGUAUUCACCAUUCACUCGUGUCGGACAGCCCGGGACGCAGGCCCCGAGAUACGCCGCGUCUACAAGAUGAGCCGUUUAUAUUUCGGUAGCGUCUUGCGUGUAAAAGACGACCCAAUCCUCAACGCAUCUUGCCGAUCCGCCUCAAAAACCCGCAGCUCCUGGCUACAGGACUUGAGUUAUUUAUUCAUCGCUAUUACUCGGAUGUUUGUUUACCCAGGAAAGCCUCGCUGAGCCUCAAGACUCUCUUUCAGAAGGGUUUUUCCAAAUGUUUGCCAGGAGGUGGUGGUGGUGGGGGGGGGCGAUGCUGGUGCUGUGUGUGUGAUCCCAGUUGAGUAAUUUUCAAGUACUGGGUGGGGAGGGUGGGGCUGGGUGGGGCUGGGUGGGGAGGGGCUGGUCACCCCGUGGUGCCCUUAUAAAACUCAACGUUUAACCUACUCACGUCGGCUUGUGCCCGCCCUCACAGUCGGCCAUAUUUGCGGAAUACACCACGCCGCCGUUGACCCUGCAGGCCAUUGACCGAGCAACCCAACGUUCCUACCAGCUCCCUCCGCAGGAAUGUGUUAUAUAUACGGUAUAUAUCCGUGUGUUUGUGUAAACGGCAUGCGCAGGCAUCGCUAUGAACCCACUGUGCUACAAAAACAUCGACCAGGCACGGCUAACAGGAGCAAGCGAUAUCUGUCCGGCCUUGAGUACUUGCGGUCUGUGAACAUCGGUGCUGGGGUAGACGGCCGUGGUUGGGAGUGGUUGAGAGUGGUUGCUUGUCACACAACCCCCUAUUGCGGGGGUGAGCUGACCCCUUAAUAGAUGCUCGCUAACAGCAAUUGGCCCCCAAUUUUUUAAAGGCUAUACGGGGGAUUCUUGCACACGUGUGUGUGUGUGUGUACAUGUGUGUGUGUGUAUAACUUGUGGGGAGCGGUAGUGUAGUGGUGAGCGCGCUGCGCUACGAACCCGGCGACCCGGGUUCGAUUCCCGCUCACGGCCAACACCAGUGACGAUUAUCUCAACCGGUCAUGGGCCUCUCCUAGGUCGACUCGGCCUCAAAUAUCGCCACUGGGGAGACGAAGGCGGCCAGGCGUGGUGUUGGCCACCCAGGAAUUGCAAAGUGUUCAGCCACGGUCCGUCUCUCCACUGCCCGGUGAAGACCUCAUCAUGCCAUCGCCGUCUCCUCUGGUCUUUGCAAUUCCUCGGUCCAUCUUCACUUCUGCACACAAACUCAUCGGAUUGCUCCAUGUCCACAGUGGCUGCCCUCCGAAGCUUUCUAAUCGGGGGCGCCGCGGUGGCUAGGAGAUGUUAACUCCCUCGCCUGGUACGCAGUAGGUCGUGGGUUCGAUCCCGACACCAACACCUGUUGUAUAUUUGGACUCUGCGUGUUCCUUCCCAGUGGCCGCGUGGAUUUUUCUCCGGGUCCUCCGGUUUUUCCCUCCGCACUUAGAAACACGCGUUCGGGAGUAUUUUGCUGCUGUAAAUUUCCACGCGAUAAGCCACUUUGUGGCCAGGUCGCUUCUGAUUAAGAGCUAUACAGCUCAGCGGGCCUUACCUGUUGGCGAGCACCUAUGAAGGCCGGCACAGAACACGAGGGGGUGGGUGGCCAGCACCACGCCCGACGGCCUUCAUCUCCAAUGCUGAUGUUGACGCACCAGCUACUCAUUUGAGGGUCGAGAUGACCCAGUCGGAGGCCCGAGACCGGUUCGGAUAAUCGUCACCGGCGUUGGCCGUGAGUGGGAUUCGAUCUCGGCUUCGUACCGCGACCGCACACGUGCAGAGUGCAAUCACCCCGCGGGGCUUGACCGCCGGGAAGGAGAGGGGCUCGUGAUGCGCUGUUGUGUGCGGGAAAAGGGCGAUGGAGAGUCUUGACGACUUGGCACUCGGUCUCGUUUCACGUGAGCCGCUCGUGUCUGCCUGUGUUGACGUCGCGGGAAUUGUAGCGGUGAACCGCGCACGUGCGCGCGAGCUCUCCGCUCAAUAAAAGUGCACUUUCA